AUGUCUACACAAGCGUAUUACAAGGAACGCCUCGGGUUUGACCCGCAAGAGGUAAUGCAGGAUGGCGUUAAUGGCGGCGGUGCUUACUACGAUGGACCUCAUCAACCGAAACGGCACAGGGGUGACCAUCACUCCGAGACCCACGACCAGGUUUACGAGGAGAACCUAACGAAAUUCAAAGAUGAACGUGACGCGAUUCAAAAGAAGACAUUCACGAAAUGGGUCAACAAACAUCUCAAAAAGGUGAACCGUCACGUGAACGAUCUAUUCGAAGACCUGCGCGAUGGACUCAAUCUCAUAUCUCUGCUGGAGGUGCUUUCUGGCGAACACCUCCCGCGCGAGAGAGGCAGAAUGCGUUUCCAUAUGCUGCAGAACGUCCAAAUGGCCCUCGACUUCCUCCGGUACAAGAAGAUCAAGCUCGUUAACAUCCGCGCUGAAGAUAUCGUCGAUGGCAAUCCUAAGCUGACCCUGGGUCUCAUAUGGACCAUAAUCUUACACUUCCAGGUUAGUGAGCAUGCUAGUAAUAGACGGAAAAAAACGUAUUUACGGUCAAUUUUGACCUGA